UCUCUAUACUUUUAUUUCCGACGCUUAUUCUUCGAGUCGUCUUCUCUCAGAUUUUCCUUCAAUUUUCUAGGUUUUCGUUUUCCUUCCGAUCAGAGGUCAAUCAAUGGCGUCUCUCGAUUCCGACGUUACUAUGAUUCCUGCCGGAGAAGCCUCCAGCAGUGUAGCCUCUUCUUCUUCCUCGAAGAAAACUAAGCGAUUUGAAAUUAAGAAGUGGAGCGCCGUCGCUCUCUGGGCUUGGGAUAUCGUUGUUGACAACUGCGCCAUCUGCAGGAACCACAUCAUGGAUCUGUGCAUCGAGUGCCAGGCGAAUCAGGCCAGCGCCACAAGUGAGGAAUGCACUGUUGCUUGGGGUGUUUGCAAUCACGCCUUUCACUUCCACUGCAUCAGUAGAUGGUUGAAGACUCGUCAAGUUUGUCCAUUGGAUAACAGUGAGUGGGAGUUCCAGAAAUACGGUCACUAAAGCAGAGAGAGUCGUACCAGCAAAUAUGUGUCUAAUUAUCCAAGAUAUCAUCAGGUUCAUUUGGUUUCCGCAUAUGAUAAUACCAAGAUCGAUCAAGCUUUUUUUCUUUUUCUCUUUCUUUUCUUUUGUAAUGUCUUUCGCAAGUUGUGGGAACAGAGAUUUACAUGCUCACUGAACCUGUUAUCGUUAUGUCUUGGGUUCUGUCUUUGAUUUAAAAUACUCUCAAGUGAAAUUUACUAAAAGGCUAACUCUAAACCCUCUUAAGGUUUUUGGUUUCAUCAUAUGCUAAAAAUCAUACUCUUAUAUAAUGGCUUCUACUAAACUUGAUCUCGUCC